AUGUUUGGCCAAAAAAUCCCGUUAAGUCCAGAUGUAAAAUAUGUCAUAGACAAAGGGAUUGAGGAGUCAAGAUUGAUGGACCCCGAGAAAAGGGCACAAGUGAUUGAAAGUGCAGGAUAUUUAUGUUACGACAUAAUGAUUGUCGAGAGCCUACGAGAUCAUGAAGAUGCGAAGGUAGCCAAGGGAGCGAAACAGGCUGCUGAAAAUUGCAUAAAAACGUUUAAAGGAGAUGAAACAUUCACCUGUUGAAAAAAAUCUUAUAUGUACCACUGUCGCAAGAAGAAGCCAUAGAA